CCGUUCUGUACAACUUCCCGGUCCUUUCGCCGGCUAUUCUUUGUCUUGUUGCACAUUAGCCUCUGCUAAAAAGUGCUUAUCCCAACUUUAACUUCUUUCUCUCUUUCUUUCUCUCUGGACACAAAACUCUUUCUGCUCUUGCAAAACUUUACUCAACACACUAGCAAACACAGCAACACCAAACAAACAAGAAACAAAUCUUACUAUAAUCUCUUUCUUUCUUUCAUACAAAGCUUUACAGCUUCUCACUUUGCUCUCUCACUCACAACAAAGAAGUACUUGCUGACAUUUGCUGCAACACUACUUUCUUUCUUUCUUUCUUGACAACUAAUUACAAUGCCUCUUCCAUGGCUUCUAAUCUUUUUUUUCUCUUCCUUCACCAACCCACCUCUCAUCACUUCUUCAAUCCUCUUUCCCAGUGACGCAUUGUCCCUCCUGAGCUUCAAAAACUCUAUCACUCUUGACCCUUCUAACCUCCUCUCCACAUGGACCCCAUCCACCAACCACUGCCACUGGUAUGGCAUCACUUGCCACAGGGACAGAGUCAUCUCCUUAAACCUCACAAACACUUUGGCCAAAGACUCUGCUCUCUCUGGAACAAUCUCAGCUUCCAUUGCAAACCUCACCCAGCUCAGAACUUUGUCCAUUCCCCACAACAUGUUCUUUGGUGAAAUCCCAGGUAGCAGCAUCGGAAAGCUUCGGUUUUUGGAGGUUCUUGAGCUUCAAGGUAACAACUUUUCAGGAAAUAUUCCGACCCAGAUAACCCGUCUUUACUAUCUUAGCUUGGUAAAUUUGUCCCAUAAUUCGGUUUCGGGUCCCAUACCCAAUAGACUGAUUGGUUUGAGAAAUUUACGAGAUGUUGAUUUGUCCCAUAAUCAGCUCUCUGGUAGGAUUAAAAUUAGUGUAGAUAGUUUGAGUAAAUGUAAGUUGUUGAAUCAUUUGAGGCUUUCUCACAACUUUCUGACUGAUUCUAUUCCACCUGAGAUUGGAAAUUGUUGGAAUUUGAGGACCCUUUUGCUUGAUGGGAACAUAUUUGAAGGCCGGAUCCCGGCCACGAUUGGCCAGAUUUCUGAGCUCCGGGUUCUGGAUGUUUCUAGAAAUAGCCUAACUGAUAAGAUCCCACAAGAGCUUGGCAAUUGCAGGAAGUUGUCUGUUCUUGUGUUGACUAAGGUUGACUCUGGGUCUGGUUACAAUGAGUAUAGCUUGGUGGAUAGUUAUGGAGUUGAAUUCAAUGCCUUUCUUGGGGGUGUUCCUUCUGAGGUCUUGUUGCUUCCCAGCUUACAGGUUUUGUGGGCGCCUAGAGCGAAUCUUGGUGGCCGGUUACCUGGUAAUUGGAGUGAUUUGUGCUCGCUGAGAGUCCUCAAUUUGGGGCAGAAUUAUAUCACUGGUGUGGUACCUGAAAGUCUGGGGUUGUGUAAGAAUCUCAGUUUCUUGGAUUUGAGUUCAAACAGUUUGCUGGGAUACCUCCCUACUCAAAUGCGGGUUCCAUGUAUGGUGUACUUCAAUGUCAGCCGGAACAACAUAUCUGGUUUUCUUCCAAGGUUUGAGAAUGGCAGUUGUGAUGCUUCCAUGAUGAUCUCUUAUGGGCAAUAUCCUAAUAACCUAGAUAAGGAAGAUAUUCAAAAUGCCUACUUUAACAUUCCUGUUUGGGGUUCUCAGAAGAAUACCUUUUAUGGACUGGGGUUGGGAGAGAAUAAAGAAAUCAUUCAUGAUUUUAGUUGGAAUAGCCUCACUGGUUCACUACCUUUGUUCUCUCUAGGCGAAGGGUUGUUGGCAACCAAUUUAAAGUUCACAUACAGAUUGUUACUGAAUGAUAACAAGUUCAAUGGGAAACUUCCUGGCCAGAUAGUUUCAAACUGUAAUGAUCUGGAUAGCUUUUUGGUUAACUUGAGUGCAAACCAACUAUCUGGUGAACUUCAUCAAGCACUACUUCUUGACUGUCUACAGCUGAAAGAGUUUGAAGCAGCACAGAAUCAGAUCGGUGGAUCAAUUAGCCCUGGUAUUGGUGGCUCUAUGAUGCUUCAACGUAUUGACUUAAGUGGAAAUAAACUGUUUGGACCUCUUCCUUAUCAAUUGGGGAAUCUGAAAAAUCUGAGAUGGAUGCUUCUAGGAGGAAACAAGUUAACAGGAGGAAUCCCUUUUCAAUUAGGUAAUUUGACUUCUCUUAUGGUUUUGGACUUAUCUCGAAAUGCUCUAACAGGAACUAUCCCUGCAAGUUUGACAAAUGCCUCAAGUCUUGAAAUCGUGCUGCUCGAUCACAAUGGGCUUUAUGGGGACAUACCUUCGUCUUUCUCAACUCUAACUAAUCUUACCAAACUGGAUGUUUCUUUCAACAACCUUUCUGGUCAUAUCCCACAUCUUCAGCUCCUGAGUGAUUGUGAUUCCUUCCGAGGGAAUAGAUAUCUGCAUUCUUGCCCAGAUUUAUACUCUGCCUCACCUGCUGGGCUUCCGGUUUCACCUGAAGUUCAAAAUUCGCCCAAACAAAGAAAACUGAAGUCUGCCAUAAUUGCUGCUGUAACCUCUGCUUCUCUUGUACUAUGUGUACUCCUAGUAAUAGUUCUUGUCAUUAUUUUUGGGAGGAGAAAGCUUGGUAGACUCGCUAGCUUGAGAAGGAAAGUAGUAGUGACCUUUGCAGAUUCUCCAAUUGAACUGAAUUAUGAUAAUGUGGUUAGAGCUACUGGGAAUUUCAGCAUGCAGAAUCUUAUAGGUGCAGGUGGCUUUGGGUCAACUUACAAGGCAGAAUUGGUCCCAGGUUUCCUUGUAGCUGUGAAAAGGCUCUCUAUAGGUAGGUUUCAAGGCAUUCAACAAUUUGAUGCAGAGAUAAGAACAUUAGGAAGAAUUCGACACAAGCACCUUGUAACUCUUAUUGGAUAUUAUGGGGGCGAGGCUGAAAUGUUCCUAAUUUACAAUUAUCUUUCUGGUGGAAACCUUGAAACCUUCAUUCACAACAGGUCGGCCAAUAAUGUACAGUGGCCAGUUGUCUACAAGAUCGCAAUUCACAUAGCACAGGCUCUUGCUUUCCUUCACUACUCCUGUGUUCCUCGGAUUGUUCAUCGGGACAUAAAACCUAGCAACAUCCUGCUUGAUGAGGAGCUUAAUGCCUAUCUGUCGGACUUUGGGUUGGCUAGGCUUCUUGAAGUAUCUGAGACCCAUGCCACUACAGAUGUUGCUGGCACCUUUGGGUAUGUAGCACCAGAAUAUGCAACCACAUGCAGGGUUUCUGACAAAUCAGAUGUUUAUAGCUUUGGUGUUGUUCUGUUGGAACUGAUCUCAGGGAAAAAGUCACUUGACCCAUCAUUUUCUGAGUAUGGGAAUGGGUUCAAUAUUGUGGCAUGGGCCAAGUUGUUGACCAAUGAAAGUCGUUCUUCUGAGCUUUUCUCUCCUGAAUUAUGGGAAACAGGGCCUAAGGAGAACCUGUUAGGACUGUUGAGGAUUGCAUCAACUUGCACAGCAGAGGCACUUUCUGUUCGGCCAUCAAUGAAGCAGGUUCUUGAUAAAUUGAGACAGUUGAAAAAUUAAAAACGACACACAUUAACUAGCACUGGAUUGUGAUGGGAAGGUGAAGUUGCUCACGUCUACAGGAUAUUCCUUUCAUUGAGGGCAAUGAGAUGUGACUUUGUGAAUUUUCUGGGAUUGUUUAUAGGUAAGAUUCCAGUGGAAUUGUGGCUGCCAGGACUCAUGUCUUCAUAAUCCAUCUUGCCCACCAUUAAGGUUAUUGCAGCUUGUAGAGCUUAUGAAAUCUUCACCUGAAAUUUGUGGUGUACAAAUCAGUCGUUGGGACUCAUUAUAACCAUUGCAGUGGGCCUAUUUAUUUCAUUGCAAUGGACCUAUUCACAGGAUUCAACAAUUUUGAACUGUCAACAUUUAAAUACUCAUUGUAUAUAGAAAAUCUCUUUGUAAUUACUUUCCCUAAUAAAAUAUCACUCUAUGCAAUUUCUUACCCCAAGUCAGCUUUAAAA